AUGAAACCUUUAACCUGUACGGAAAAAAAUUCGAAGCUCCUCCAACUCCUCCAAGCAGAUGAGAGGCUCACAGCAGACGAAACUCCGGCACAUGAUCUUCAUCUUUGGCGAUCUUCAUCACAGCAGACGAUCUGCGGUGGUGGGGGUGGGUUUCGGUUGGAGGGGGGUUGGGUGGUGGUUUUGGGUGGUCAGUGGGGCUGGGUGGUGGGGUUUGGGUGGUGA